CUUCCCCAUUGCUCCCGCUUUUGCCUUCUUCAUUUACGUUAUCCGCCCCUCCCAGAGAGGCCACUUGGCGGAGGCUCGAAGGUUUUAGAGGACCUUUUCCGUGUCGCUCUCCGCUUCUUCCCGGCAUUCCUGUUUCCGCUUUCUCUCGGCCGUCUGGUUUCCACCGCCGCGACUAUUCGCGCUCCGGACUACGCUGACGUCAUCUUUCCGCGCCGCGCGGACACCGGGCGGUGGAAGAAGGAGCCGCUCCGCCGCCCUUCGCUUUUUUUGUUGGUUUGCAGCUCCUUCGGAAUCAUGGCGCCAUCUCUGUGGAAGGGGCUGGUGGGCGUUGGCCUCUUUGCCCUAGCCCACGCCGCCUUUUCUGCUGCUCAGCAUCGUUCUUAUAUGCGAUUAACAGAAAAGGAAGAUGAAUCACUGCCAAUAGAUAUAGUUCUUCAGACACUUCUGGCCUUUGCAGUUACCUGUUAUGGUAUAGUUCAUAUUGCAGGGGAGUUUAAAGACAUGGAUGCCACUUCAGAACUAAAAAAUAAGACAUUUGAUACAUUAAGGAAUCACCCAUCCUUUUAUGUAUUUAAUCAUCGUGGUCGAGUACUGUUCCGGCCUUCAGAUACAUCAAAUUCUUCAAACCAAGAUGCAUUGUCCUCUAACACAUCAUUGAAGUUACGCAAACUCGAAUCACUGCGUCGUUAAGAUUUUUACAAAUUAUAAUAAUAGGACAGGACACAGAGCUGGAAUAUUGGAAUUUGGGGUAUAAAGCACUCCCCCCAUCAGUAUUUAUACUGAUUUUUCAGACCUAAUUAAAAAAACUAUGGCACUUAUUUAUAUACAGUUAAUCAAAUAAUGAGUUUACAUUAUCCAUGAAAUGAAUUUUUGGUAUAUCACAUAGAGAAUUUUUUUUCAUUUAAAUCAAAUUUAUGUCUUUUGUAAAACCCACUGUUUUGAGCACAUUUUCUUAGAAAAUGUUGGUUUUUGUGAUUA